GUUGGCGCGUAUGAGCACGCGAACCCUCCAAAUCCCGCCAGUAUUUCCCGCCACAGGCCCUACAUAAUCAUGAGCAUCAGAUCAUCGUAUGCAUUGCUCAUGCGUAGUUCUUGAACAUCAAGGUUAAUUCGUGUCCCUGUUGAAACCCUACUCUCAGCUAUGAAUGAAAAUCUUGGGGAACAGAACAAGCUUCCUGAGCUCAAAUUAGACGCUAGCCAAGCCCAGGGAUUUCUACAUUUUUUCAAAACCCUACCUGAUGACCCCAGGGCAAUUCGGUUCUUUGAUCGUCGGGACUACUAUACUGCUCAUGGUGAGAAUGCUAUUUUUAUUGCUAAGACCUAUUACCAUACCACUACUGUAUUACGGCAACUGGGUAGCAGAUCUGAUGCACUAUCCAGUGUUAGUGUCAGUAGGAACAUGUUUGAAACAAUUGCCCGAGAUCUACUUCUGGAGAGAACAGACCAUACUCUUGAGCUCUAUGAAGGAAGUGGCUCUAACUGGAGACUAAUCAAAAGCGGAACACCUGGUAAUAUAAGCAGUUUUGAAGAAAUUCUGUUUGCUAGCAGUGAAAUGCAAGAUUCCCCUGUUGUUGUUGCACUAUCACCCAACUUUCGGGAGAAUGGAUGUACCAUUGGGUUGGGAUUUGUUGAUCUAACUAAGAGAGUACUUGGGAUGGGUGAAUUUCUUGAUGAUAGUCACUUUACAAAUGUGGAGUCUGCAUUGAUUGCUCUUGGUUGCAAGGAAUGUCUUCUGCCGACAGAGAGUAGCAAAUCUAAUGAAAAUAGGAUGUUGUGUGAUGCAUUGACUAGGUGUGGUGUGAUGUUAACAGAGAGAAAGAAAUCUGAGUAUAAAACCAGGGAUCUGGUACAGGACCUUGGCAGGCUUGUUAAAGGUUCAAUUGAACCAGUUCGUGAUUUAGUGUCUGGGUUUGAAUUUGCACCUGGUGCUUUGGGUGCAUUACUGUCUUAUGCCGAGUUACUUGCAGAUGAAAGCAGUUAUGGCAAUUAUACUGUUCAAGGUUACAAUCUUGGCCGCUACAUGAGGUUAGAUUCUGCUGCCAUGAAGGCUCUUAAUGUCCUGGAAAGCAAAACUGAUGCAAACAAAAAUUUCAGUCUGUAUGGUCUCAUGAAUAGAACCUGCACAGCUGGAAUGGGGAAACGUUUGUUGCACAGGUGGCUUAAACAACCCCUAUUAGAUGUAAAAGAAAUUAAUUCUAGGCUGGAUGUAGUGCAAGCAUUUGUUGAGGAUACUGUGCUUUGUCAAGAUCUGAGGCAACAUCUGAGAAGAAUAUCAGACAUUGAGCAACUGGUGCGAAGCCUUCAAAAGCAAAGAGCUGGUCUGCACCAUGUUGUAAAACUUUAUCAGUCUUGUAUAAGACUACCUUACAUCAAAAGUGCACUGGAAAGAUAUGAUGGACAGUUUUCCUCAGUAAUGAAGGAGAGAUAUUUCAAACCUCUUGAGUUAUGGACCAGUGAUGAUCACCUAAACAAAUUCAUUGGUCUCGUAGAAGCUGCUGUUGACCUUGAUCAACUGGAGAACGGGGAAUAUAUGAUUGCUCCAAGUUAUGACUCUACAUUAACUGAUCUGAAGAAAAAACAAGAAUCUCAAGAGAGCCUAAUACACGACUUGCACAAACAAACUGCAAAGGAUCUAGAUCUACCAAUUGAUAAAGCAUUAAAGUUAGACAAAAGCACACAAUUUGGACAUGUCUUCAGAAUCACAAAAAAGGAAGAGCCAAAAAUUAGGAAGAAGCUCAGCACUGAGUUUAUAGUAUUGGAGACCAGGAAAGAUGGAGUGAAGUUUGUUAACUCGAAGCUUAAGAGACUAGGGGAUCAGUAUCAGAAGAUACUUGAGGAGUACAAGAACUGUCAAAGAGAGUUUGUUAAUAGAGUAGUUCGAACUGUUGCAACUUUCUCCGAGGUGUUUGAGUCUUUGGCUAUAUUACUAUCUGAAUUGGAUGUCUUACUAAGCUUUGCUGAUUUGGCUUCUAGUUGUCCUACUCCUUACACAAGGCCUGACAUCACUUCAUCGGAUGAAGGAGAUAUUAUCUUAGAGGGCAGUAGACACCCUUGUGUUGAGGCUCAAGACUGGGUGAAUUUUAUACCAAAUGAUUGCAAGCUCAUCAGAGGAAAAAGUUGGUUUCAAAUAAUAACAGGGCCUAACAUGGGUGGAAAAUCAACAUUUAUCCGACAGGUGGGUGUGAAUAUUUUGAUGGCACAAGUUGGUUCUUUUGUUCCUUGUGACAAGGCCAGCAUAUCUGUCCGUGAUUGCAUUUUUGCUCGUGUUGGUGCAGGUGACUGCCAACUUCGAGGAGUCUCUACAUUUAUGCUAGAGAUGCUUGAAACUUCAUCUAUAUUAAGAGGAGCUACAGACAAGUCCUUGAUAAUCAUUGACGAGUUGGGACGUGGAACAUCAACUUAUGAUGGAUUUGGUUUGGCCUGGGCCAUUUGUGAGCACAUUGUGGAACUGAUCAAGGCACCUACUUUGUUUGCAACCCAUUUUCAUGAACUGACUGCUUUAGCAUAUGAACGAGAAAAUGAUGAUCCACAGAGGAAAACUGUUGGUGUGGCAAACUAUCAUGUCAGUGCACAUAUUGACUCAUCAACUCGCAAGCUGACUAUGCUAUACAAGGUUGAACCAGGAGCUUGUGAUCAAAGUUUUGGUAUUCAUGUUGCUGAGUUUGCAAAUUUCCCAGAAAGGGUCAUCACUCUGGCUCGAGAAAAAGCAGCAGAAUUGGAAGAUUUUUCUCCGUCUGCAAUAUGCUUCGUUGAUGCUGCACAGGAGGUGGGCGCUAAAAGGAAGAGAGAGUUUGAGCUUGAUGCGGUCUAUAAAGGGGCAGCAAGGGCUAGGCAGUUUCUUGAAGCUUUUGCUGCUUUGCCAUUGGGAACUAUGGAUAAAAUACAAGCUCUGCAGGAAAUAAGAAAGUUGGUGGAUGAUUUAGAGAAUGACGCAAAAAACUGUUACUGGCUGCAGCAAUUCUUGCAGCAAGUUUGAACAAUGAGAGUUUUCUGGUAGCCCUUUUUAUGAUGUGAAUUUUGUAGUGCCUGAUGCAGUACAUGAUCUGUUGAUGAGCCUAAUGCAUUCUAGUGCGGAUGACGUUUAGAAUUUUAGUACCUGUUCUAUGGUAUUUGUUACCUUGUUCUUCGAUAAAAUCAUGGCACUCUGGUAUUUGCAACCGAACUUCACAGAA